UUCCUUGCUCCUCCAGUUCUCAUACUCUUUAUACCUUUUCUUCCUCGCAAGCAACUCCUACUCAGACGCCUGAACAAGGAGCAAGCGCCGGGAACAAUCGCGAAGAAGUCAGGCUCCGGCGAUCGCGUUUCGGAGCGAGCGAUGGACGUGAUAAAGACGCAGCAGAUAUCAGCAAGGCCGAUAGAGAAGGUGAUAGUCCAUCCUCUGGUCCUUCUCAGCAUCGUCGACAAUUACAAUAGAGUCGCCAAGGACACUCGCAGGCGCGUCGUCGGGGUCUUGCUCGGUAGCACCUUCAAAGGCACCGUCGAUGUCACCAACAGCUAUGCAGUACCUUUUGAGGAAGAUGAGAAGGAUCCGAGCAUCUGGUUUCUUGAUCACAACUACCAUGAAUCAAUGUUCUCCAUGUUCAAGAGAAUAAAUGCGAAGGAGCAUGUUGUUGGAUGGUAUAGCACUGGUCCCAAGUUGCGAGAAAAUGACCUUAAUAUCCACACAUUGUUUGAUGAUUAUGUCCUGAACCCUGUGCUGGUUAUAAUUGAUGUUCAACCCAAGGAACUUGGAAUACCAACAAAGGCAUACUAUGCUGUUGAAGAAGUCAAAGAGAAUGCAACUCAGAAGAGCCAGAAAGUAUUCGUGCACGUUCCUUCAGAAAUUGCUGCCCAUGAGGUUGAGGAAAUAGGUGUGGAGCACUUGCUACGUGAUGUAAAGGAUACAACCAUUAGCACCCUUGCCACAGAGGUCACUGGAAAGCUCACAGCCUUGAAGGGAUUGGAUGCUCGACUUAAGGAGAUAAGAAGUUAUCUUGACCUCGUCAUUGAUGGAAAGCUCCCAUUAAAUCACGAGAUCCUGUAUCAUCUUCAGGAUGUCUUUAACCUCCUUCCGAACCUGAAUGUCAAUGAGUUGAUAAAGGCUUUUGCAGUUAAAACGAAUGAUAUGAUGCUAGUUAUAUAUCUCUCUUCCCUCAUCCGAAGUGUGAUCGCUCUCCAUAAUUUGAUCAACAAUAAGAUUCUCAACAAAGAACACGAAAAGGCUGAAGACUCAAAACCUGUCGCCGUACCUGCUGCAGCUGGAAGCUAGAUGGAAGGAUAAAAUAACCCUCAAACUCGCCGCAGGUUUUGUUUCAACGAUGAAUUGUGUCGUGGGUAUUUUGUUAUCCUAGUUUUGAGAUCGACAAGAAUGGGGAUGAGCGGGACACGGGAAUUGGAUAUUCUUUGGAAAAAUUGUCAUUUGAUCGUUAGUUUGU